CUGAAAAGAGAGCUAAACCACACAAACCAAAGUUCAAACUCCUUCGUUUCUUGUUUUAAUUAACCACACUAGGCAUAACAACAAGAAAAGAAAAAUGGCUAUGGCCAUGGAAGUCGACUUCAGUGACUUUGAUUUCUCCGGUUAUAGUACCACCAGCACCACUACAACAACCGAAGAUGAUGUUACGUGUAAUUGGAACGACUCUUCUCCGGUCAUCGAUUGGGAUGUAUUUUCUGGAGACACUCACGAUUUCCGAGGCGUAAUUGAAUCGAUGAUGAGUGAUCCUAACGAACUCAAUCAUAUUGUUCAUGGUGAUCACCACGAAUAUAGUUCAGAUUCAUUAUCAUUCGGAGAACCAGCAGAAAUGAUCCAAAACCAUGAUUCGGUCACCACUAGUAAUACUAGUACUGAUGAUUCAAAUGGUUUGAGAUUAGUUCAUUUGUUGAUGGCUGCCGCAGAAGCAUUAACGGGUGCUAAUAAGAGCCGUGAGUUGGUGAAAGUGAUAUUGGUUCGGCUCAAGGAAUUGGUUUCCCCAACCAAUGGAACAAACAUGGAACGUUUAGCGGCAUACUUCACAGAAGCCUUGCAAAGUUUGCUUGAAGGCGCAGGUCAUGUGCAUAGUAAACAGCACCACGGCGGAACACACCACUCAAUUAGUGGAAUCCAAAACCUCCAUCCGACUGAUGUUCUUGCAGCUUUUCAGCUACUGCAAGACAUGUCUCCGUAUGUGAAAUUUGGUCAUUUCACUGCAAAUCAAGCAAUAUUAGAAGCUGUGAAGCAUGAUAGAAGAGUUCAUAUCAUUGAUUAUGAUAUCAUGGAAGGAAUUCAAUGGGCAUCUCUAAUGCAAGCUUUAGUAUCAAGAAAAGAUGGCCCCCCAACACCACAUCUAAGGAUCACAGCUUUGGCACGUGGAAACACCGGAAGAAAAUCCAUUGGGACCGUUCAAGAAACUGGUAGAAGAUUGAUUGCUUUUGCAGCAUCUAUUGGUUUACCAUUUUCAUUUCAUCAAUGUAGAUUAGACCCUGAUGAGAGUUUCAGACCUUCUAAUUUGAAGUUAGUGAAAGGUGAAGCGUUGAUUAUCAAUUGUAUGCUUCAUUUUCCACACUUCAGCUGCCGCGAACCGAAUUCAGUUGCAUCAUUUUUAUCCGGCGCUAAAUCAUUGAAUCCGAAGUUAGUCACCUUAGUUGAAGAAGAAAUUGGAGGAAGUGAUGAAUACGGUGGUGGGUUUGUAGGCCGAUUCAUGGACUCACUUCAUCAUUACUCAGCUGUGUUUGACUCAUUAGAAGCUGGAUUCCCACUGCAAAAUAGAGCAAGGGCAUUGGUCGAGAAAGUGUUCUUAGGGCCUCGAAUAGCUGGAAGACUUGCAGGAAUCUAUCGUACGGAGCAAGAAGGAGAAGAAUGUUGCUGGGGUGAUUGGAUGGUUGGUGCAGGUUUUAGUGGUGUAGGAAUUAGUUUUUUUAAUCAUUGCCAAUCAAAAUUAUUAUUAGGUUUAUUUAACGAUGGAUACAGAGUGGAGGAGCUACACAAUAAUAAGAUCGUUUUAGGGUGGAAAUCACGUCGUUUGAUUUCUGCUUCUUUGUGGUCUUAUCAUCAAACUUCUCCUCUUACUAGUAGUGAUUCUGAUGUUUCAUGUUAAUAAGAAGUUCCUCACAAGUUUAAGCUUCUUUGGAACUAUUGAUAAUCAGUUUUACUGUUUUAGAUCUCUUGUAAACUGACAUGAUCUAAUAAGUGGUCCAGGUUCCUGUGUACGAGGAGUAACUUUGAUGAAUAGAUUUUUUGGUGAAUACUAAUGAUAUUUCUCUAUUUAAUAUUCUUGAACAACUGUAAACAGCUCUGAUUGAGUUUUCAUGGGUCGUAGGUUGUCGGUAGGUACCCGUUUACCCUGUAGAUUGAAUCAGAGUAGAGCAACAAGUAGUAAGUGUGCUGGACUUGAAGCGGCACAACAUGUAUGUGCA